AUGUGGAAGAAUGUCGCGAUGGCUCUCGUCUGUAUGGCAGCCGCGGUAUUUGCCAAACCAGUCGAGUAUGACUGGACUGUCGGCUACGUCGAGAAUGUGAACCCCGACGGUCUGCAGCCGCGGCGCGCUAUCGGCAUCAAUGGCCAAUUUCCACCGCCAAUUGUCAAUGUGAACUCGGAUGACACGGUGCGGAUCCGCUUCCACAACCGGUUUGGCGAUGGCACAGGUAGCACGCUUCAUGCACACGGCAUGUUCUUUAACCGGACCAACUUUAUGGACGGCGCCGCGAUGCUGACGCAGUGCCCGGUCCCCGACGGUGAGUCAUUCGUAUACGAGCCGCUCAACUCGCCGAGCAGUCCGCCCGAGCGCCAGCGGCAGUGGGGUACAUACUGGAUGCAUGGACACUAUGGUGGCCAGUACGUCGAUGGCUUCCGCCUGCCGAACAUUAUCCACAAUGCACAGGGCGAGGCACACGCAUACGACGACGAUUACACGAUUAUCCUGGCCGACUGGUACCAUCGUGAGCACAACGACCUUCUGCACAACGAGUUUAUGAACCCCAAGAAUCCCGGCGGCGCGGAGCCCGUGCCUGAUGCGCCGCUCGUGUACAUGGCACACACGCCGGCGAACGGCACGGCCGAGUACCUCCCUGGCUUCAACGAUCAUGUCCAGCUGACCUUUGAGCCGGGCAAGACGUACCGCCUGCGCAUGAUCAAUAUGGCCGCCCUUGCUAUGUUCCACGUGUGGAUCGAGGGCCACGAUAUGGAGAUCAUCGAGGCCGAUGGCGUCGAUAUGGAGGCGCUCCCUGUCGACUCCGUCUCUCUCUCUGUGGCACAGCGGUAUUCGGUGCUGGUGCGUGCGCGCAAUGACACGUCGCACAGCUGGACACUGCAUGCCAACAUGGACCCUGACAUGUUUGAUAAUGUGCCGGACGAGCUGCAGCUUAAUGUGAGCACUAAGAUCUCGUACGGCGUUCCGAAUGCGCCACUCGGCGUCGGCCGUGCUACAUUGGAUACCUACGAUGCGUUCAACGACACACAGCUGCGUCCGAUUGUGCCGAUGGAGCCCCUCGUACCGACUGUGUCUCAAGACCUAAACGUCUUUUUUACGACGUACAAGGACGGCAUGAACUAUGCAUCGUUCAACAACGUCACGUAUGUGGCCCCACUGACGCCGUCGCUCCUAACAAUGAAGUCGGAGACGGGCUCCAUCGCCAUGAACCCAGCGCUGUAUGGCCCGUCCAGUGGUGCGUUUGUGGCGCCGGGUAUGGCCAUCGUUGAGUUCGUGAUCUACAACUGGGACGCCGGAUCGCACCCGUUCCACAUGCACGGCACACAAUUCCAGGUCGUGUACAAGAGCCACGAUGUGACGUCCGAUGACCCGGCCGACAAUCCGCCGUUUAUCGAGGGCGAGAAUCCCAAUCCAGUGCGCCGCGAUACGGUUGUGGUGCCGGCGGGCGGCAGUGCGCGCCUGCGCUUCGUGGCGGACAAUCCCGGCGCGUGGUUCCUGCACUGCCACAUUGACUGGCACCUGUCGUCCGGCCUGGCGAUGCUGGUUCUGGUCGCUCCGGACCAGGUCGCACGGACGAUCGACGUCCCCGACGUGAUUCCGCAGCAGUGCCGCCAGCUUGGCUACCCCACGGCAGGCAAUGCAGGCGGCGUCCUCAACUCUACGACCUCCUUCGGCGCGCUGCGCCCGCCUGCGCAGCCGCUGGUGACCGGCUGGACCGGCACGAUGAUUGGAACCUUUAUCACGUGUAUUAUCAGUGCCCUGAUCGGCCUCACGACCAUUGCAUGGUACGGCUUUAGCACGGGCGAGGGCGAGGACAUUCAAGACAUAGAUUCACACACACCCUAA